AUGGUGAAAUUAUCCACUGUUUUUGAACUACUUUUAAUAUUUUUAUUAUUGGCGUUUGCUGCUUGGGGACGAAGUAUCGAUAAAAACCAUCAUACAAACUUACGUACAACAAAAAACCAACUUCGAAAAAAGGUGAACCAUCAACAGAAACAGAUUACAACCGCAAAUCAAUAUUGUACCUGCACGAACACCAAAUGUAACUGUUGUCGAGAUUUUCAAAUCCCGAUUGUCCGAAUAAAUGGACCCGGAUGUGCAUCGUUACAAUACUUGAAAAACGAUCGUAUCGCGAUUAGUAUGAGUUUUGGUAAUCGAAUUAUAACCAACACAACAGUUUCUGGUCGUAAACCGAAACCAGUUUGUAUGGAAUUACCGGGUAGUAUAUCGAAAUUUUGCGGCAGGUUAUAUUCAGUGGGACGUCAAGGAGAUGAUUUUAACGCUUGCUUAAGUCUGGAAUUACAAUCGUUGAAUGACAUCGAAGCUGCUUUACGGGUAUCAUGCUUUAAAUUUGGCUCGAAUGGACUUCGCUUAGAACCAGCUCAACCAAUUCCAGUUUCUGAACUGAACUCGAACGAAGAUGAUGACGAUGACGAUGACGAUGAUGACGAUGAUGAUGACGAAUUCGAACUAGACGCAGAUGAUGAUUUUGAUCUAGACGAAGAUGACGAUGAUUCAGAUGCAGAUGAUUCGAAUAACGAUGUAGAUAGUGUCGAUUAUACCGGAUUUAGUGUGUUUGGUGAUGAUAUAUUAGGUGCAUUCUUAGGUGGAGGUGAUAGUGAUUCGUCUCCUCCACGACCAGCUUCACGAAGAAAAGUGAUUUCUACAACUACAAAAAAACCGUUAACUAAAAGACCAUCACGAAGACCUGCUGUACCUUCUAAACCUUCUAAGAAACCAGCGAAUAAAAUUCCAACUUCAACAACAGUGCGUACAACUACACCAAAAAAGAAGCGUCCAAAUCGUAGAAAACCUAGCCGUAAACCAAGCAAAACAUCAAGCACAACUCCUCGUCCACCAAAAAAACAACCAACUUUACCUUCCAGCACGUCCACACCAAUUACCUCAACCACUGAAGCAAUUAAAAUUGAACCAUCAACCACCACUCAAGUUACACCAAGUUAUCCAAAACCGGUGAUAAUUCCUGACGAACUCAAAAAACCCGCUCCAAUUGCAGGUGACUUGAGCUAUUUUACAGCAAUUGUAAAAACACCUCAGGUUCAAGAACCUACAACCACUACUACUCCUCAACCGAUUGUUGAAACUGAAAUAACCCAAAAUGUAAUACCUGAAAAAGAAACCCAACCUGAAAUGCAUUUCGACAAAGAACCUGAAAUGAUAAUCACAUCUGUGCAACCGGAAUCAACUUCAUUAAAAUACGUGCAACCUGAAACUACUUCAGAACAAAUGAUUAUGCAAACUGAAACUACUACACAAAAAAUAAUGCAACCUGAAACUACUUCAGAAAAACUGAUUAUGCAAACUGAAAUCAAUACACAUAAAUAUAUUCAACCUGAAACGACUUCAGAAAAAUUGAUUAUUCAAACUGAAACUACUACACAAAAAAUUCAACCUGAGAGUACAACUCAAAAGUUUAUAACCUUCAUUCCCACUCUUAACACUGAAAAUGUAAACGAAAAACUUGAAACUAGUAUGCAAACUGAAAAAAUUAACGUAAAAUCUGAAAGUACGACGGAACUAAUGCAAACUGAAAGUACAACUGAAAAGUUUAUUGAUGAUCAAAAUGAGGAAGCCAUUCAAAUUUUAACAUCACAACUGUUAAUGAAUCCAGCAGAUUUUGAGAAUAUUAAUAUUGCUCAGCUAAAUGAAACUUCGCCUCAAGUGAUAAUCGUUGAUGAGUCAACUACAAGUGAUUCAACAGGGGUCUCAACAGUUGAAAGUUCCUUAAAAAACGGUGCCGAUAAACAGCAAUUAUUGGUAACGACAGAAGCGCAUCCUGAAGACAGUACAGUUGAUUUAAAUGACGAAUUCGAUGGUGAUGAUUCAAACGAACACCUAGACAUGAUUGAACGUGAUGAUGAUGACGAUAAUGACGAAGAAAUUGACGAAGAUGAUGACAUUGAAAACGAUGAAGAAUCCGAAGAAAAUGACGAAGAAUUUGAGGAACAUGAAGAUGAUGCCGAACCAGAAGAGGAUGUUGAAAAUGAUGAUGCAACUGGAGAUGGAGAAGUGCAGGAAUUUAAAAAAUAUGAUCCAUCGGAAUUAGUCGAAGAAAGUCGAAUAUUCAGAUUUAAAUGGCCUUGGGAAUAUUAAUUUUAUGAAUAUCAAUGUGGUCUCUUUAUGUUAAACGUUUUACGCCAUAUGAACCA